AUGGUCGCUCAAACUGUUUUGCAAAACUGCUUACAAUGGGCCCAAGAUAAUGGGGCCUUCAUUGAUCCAAAGAUCUCCUUCAGGAUCACACAAGAGGCCGGAGUAGCUGCUUUUAUCAACGAGAAAUGCUCUCCCAAGCCGGACCAAGCACUGAUCAAGGUUCCUGAAAGUCUACUAAUCACUUCUCAGCAAGCUUUGAAAGAAUUUCCACAGGGGGCCGAUGAGAAGGGCCUUCUAAACUCUGUUACCCAGUUAUAUCUAUCGAAAUUGAAAUUCGGCUCCAAUGCCGUUCACUUGAAGUCCUUCUUUAAACCUUACCUGGACGUGCUACCUCUAGAACUACCACAACCGUAUUUUUGGUCUACCGAUGAAAUUGUGAACUUACACGGCACAGAUGUGUACUUAACCAUGAGAGACACCUUGAAUAAGCUAACCAAGGAGUGGAUGAGACUAUGCCAGGUCUUGUCCAUCGAGCAUGCUCCGCAAGACGAGCAGUUCUUGCUCCUGUUCGAGGAGAAGCCUGAGGCGGCCGUAGUGCCAUUGGAAAAGUUCAGCGCGCACAUUAAUUCAUGUAAACUGGAAACUUUAACUUGGAACUCAUUUGCGGCAUACCUUUGGUCGCAUUGCAUCUUCAACUCAAGAGCAUUCCCACGUGUUAUUUUAAACAAGAGUGGCACGAAAAGCAGUGAUUUGAACGAAGGAUUUCUGUACCCGAUAGUAGACUUACUAAACCAUAAAAACGAUAUACCAGUAAAAUGGCAGAUGAAUGAACACAACGAACUCUGCUUCAUGUCUCAAUCCGGUGGGUUUAGCGCAAAUGAUGAACUGUUUAACAAUUAUGGUAACAUCUCCAACGAAAAAUGUUUGUUGAAUUAUGGGUUUUGGGACUCAUCAAACAAAUACGAUUUUUCAAGAUUAACUUUAAAAUUGCCCGCUGCCUUGACUAACGGUGUGCCAAUAGAUUUCAAAAAAUCAGGCAACUAUGUCAGUGAAGAUGGAGAAACCGCUAUCCUUCAGUUUAAUUUACAGCCUUCGGGACCGCUACCUGCGAAGUUGCUACCGUUAUUUACUUAUUUAAGUAAACUUAAAUCCGAGGAAACCCCCACCGUAAGAAGUGUGUUAGAAGGUAUCGACCAACUGGCAUCUGUGGUGUCUCAAAGGUUACUAUUUUAUAAGAGUUUCAAAAUUAAAACGGCAUCCAAUCAAAAGCUACGUCCGCACAUCGUUAAACUGAUUAAACUAUACUAUCAAGAUAAUAAAAAAAUCCUGAAUGUCACAGUUGAAAAACUAUCUGUUUUGCAAAAGAAAAUCUUUAACGCUAACAAGGAAUUCUCUUUAUCAUUCAAGACUAUUUUCAAAAACGACCAAAAAUUUGCCAAUUCGCUCUUAUUGAUAUUUGGUGCUAUUAAUUAUGAAGACCUAAUCACUAAAGAUUGUCUCAAUGACGCGUUAUUGCUCUGGAUAGUCAGAUCGGUUAACGAUACAACCAGCAAGCAAGAAAGUUUUAUCAAGCAAAUGUUCAAACAAGUAAGUGAUUCAAUCGUAAUCCAAAAAGAAGACGUCAUGGAGUACUUGCCAUUUUACAAGAAGCAUUUUCCCAAUUUAGCAGAAAGAAUCCCAGAAAUUUACAACAUUGGUGAGUGGGGGAUAAGGCAAUUCAUCGUGGCAGAUACCGUCAUUGACAGGUUGGUUUGGAUCAGGAAAUCGAAUAAUGAGCCUAUUUUCUUGAUGAAGAAAGAUUAUGAGUUGCAGAUCUAA